UAAAAAUAGAAAGAAAAAAAGGAAGAAGCGGAAUCUCUCUCUCUCUGUCGAACGCGGAAAAGUUAUUCUCAGCCUCAUAAACCACCUUCCUCUCUUUCUCUCAUUUCGAAUUUCGAACCAAACCUUACCGCCGUGGAACAACAACGACGAAGUAAUGAGAUCGCCUUCGCUCAAAACGGUGCGUUUUACAGGUACAUGAUUUGCAGGUUUUGCGAACUCGUCAACUUUCUAAGUAGGAAACAGAAUUGGUUGAGUAGAUUUUGUAGAGAGAGGAAUGGCUGAGGGAGUAUCGAGCUUCUGGGGUCCUGUCACGUCCACGAUUGAGUGUUGCGAGAAGAACUAUGCCUACUCUUCUUAUAUUGCAGAGUUCUUCAACACUAUGUCGAACAUUUCCAGCAUUCUCUUGGCACUCAUCGGUCUUAUAAAUGCUCUAAGGCAGCGGUUUGAGAAGAGAUUCAGUGUACUUCACAUAUCUAAUAUGAUACUCGCCAUUGGAAGCAUGUUAUACCACGCUACAUUGCAGCAUGUGCAACAGCAAAGUGAUGAGACUCCUAUGGUUUGGGAGAUGCUCCUUUACAUGUAUAUUCUCUACUCCCCAGAUUGGCACUAUCGCAGUACAAUGCCGACAUUCCUCUUCCUAUAUGGUGCAGUCUUUGCUGCUGUUCAUUCAGUGGUCAGAUUUGAGAUUGGAUUUAAGGUGCACUAUGUGAUCUUGUGCCUUCUUUGCAUACCUCGAAUGUACAAGUAUUACAUAUACACACAGGACGUCUAUGCCAAGAGGCUUGCAAAGCUGUACGUGGCCACUCUUCUGAUAGGGAGUUUGUGUUGGCUUGGUGACAACGUUUUCUGCAAAGAGGUAUCCAGUUGGCCUGUUAACCCACAAGGUCAUGCCUUGUGGCAUUUAUUCAUGGGUUUUAAUUCCUAUUUCGCAAACACUUUCUUGAUGUUUUGCCGGGCUCAACAACGAGGAUGGGCUCCAAAGAUUGUUCAUUUUAUGGGGCUCUUGCCCUAUGUGAAGAUUGAAAAACCAAAAACCCAAUGAGACGUGAAGUAAAUGGCAGGAUAUAGUUUCAGUUGAGACCAUCUACGUGUGAUGAACUUCAGCUAGCAAAAUGCUGGAUUUUUAUUCUUUUUAGUUGGGGUAUUAUCUUAAUUUUGGUGUUUUAGAAGUAGAAGAUGUAACAUACUAUAAGCUUUUGUUUGUGAUACUGUGCUAUACCUUUUUUGAUAUCCAAGAACUUCCCAUCAUGGUUUUGUUAUCAGAUAUCAACGGUCACAGGUUAUAUUGAUUGUGUUAUUGAAAUUCUUAAAAUUCAUUUGUGCACUG